CUUAACUUCAAAAGACGGUCGAUAGGGAGGUCCCCAGGUUCGCAAUACGUCUACUUUUCCCAAGUUUUUCCACCGUGUGGGGUUAGCACUAAAACAGUAAGCAUGUUAUUGAAUUCAAUCUGCACGAAAGAAGAAUAUCGAAACCUCUGUGCGAUUGGUUGAUUUGAUCAAGAUAGAAUAUUGAUGAACCGCAUAUCAUACAAGUUCUACGACUCGACGAGGUGAGCAUGUUCACGCCCUAGCAACCAACAUGAAAACUUUAAACAUACAAGUUAGAUUAACAUUUUUAUUAAACGUUAUUUUGCUAAUUCGGCAAUGUACGAGCACAGAAGAAUUACAAUCGAAUCCUGUAGCAGCAAAUUUUUCAAAAACGUUACCAGUGGCAGAAACAAAAUAUGGUCGACUUAGAGGUACUGUUCUUGAUCUUCUUAGUAACGCACGAGUGGUGGCGUUUCUGGAUGUCCCUUAUGCCGAGCCCCCCGUCGGCCUCCGCAGGUUCAAGGCUCCUGUUCGAAAAGACCCUUGGACAGGUAUCUUAAGCGCAACAGAGUUUGGACCACUUUGCAUUCAACACAAUCGCUUCAAGAUCAAAGAUUUGAUAAAUAACAAAAAACAAAGCAAGUUAAUAAACGUACUUCCCCCUAAUCAAUAUCGCCAGAGUGAAGAUUGUUUGAGUUUAAAUAUUUACAUCCCUGAGUCCGUGUUUGAGGGUGUGAAAUAUUCAAAGAGGUCAACACAAACCAUACCCGUUAUGGUCUAUCUUCACGGAGGGUCUAACGAGGUAAGCGGUGGUAGGUUCUACCCAGGUGAAUGGCUUUCGUCAGCAGGGGGCGUCGUGGUUGUUACGAUGAACUAUCGGUUGGGCCCGUUAGGUUUUCUUAGCACCAGAGAUCGCUACUCUCCUGGAAACUAUGGAAUGUUUGAUCAAGUGUUAGCUCUAAAGUGGAUUCAGGAGAACAUACAAGCAUUUGGCGGGAAUCCGGAGAAGGUUACGAUUUUCGGAAAUGGUGUUGGGAGCGCAUUUGUCAGUCUUCAUAUGGUGUCUCCAUUAUCUAAAGGUCUGUUUGCAGCAGCCAUUGCACAGAGUGGAAGCUCUGUGGCCAGAUGGGCUGUUCAACGUGAUCCGUUUCGUUACGCCACCCGUUUGGCUAGAAGUGUUGACUGUCCAAAGAGUGCCAACACUAAACACCUUAUGAGAUGUCUUCGGCGAGUGUCUGCAAGCUCUCUAGCCAGGACAACCCGCAUGGCGGAUGCUCUCGGAAUCAGUUUUGCCCCAGUGGUGGAUGGAUAUUUCUUACCAGACUAUCCAGAAAACCUGAUUCAACAAGGCCGAUAUAACAUGGUUCCCUUCAUGACUGGUUUCACAAAAGAUGAAGUCUCUAUAUGGAUGGAACUCUAUGAAGAUCCUACAAAAACCAAGUUAAAAGAAUAUUUAAAAAAUUUACUGGUCCCAAAAGUUAAUAAUUUAGACAACAUGGAAGCAUUAGUUCACGCUGUGUACACCGAGUAUGUUACUAGAGGGCGCCAACCUAAUGGACUCAACGACUCGAUAUUGAACGCGACAGCAGACGAUAUUCCUAUUGAUAUUCAUAUUUUAACGCAGAUCCUUGGAGAUGCUGGGUUUAAGGUUCCCUGUAUGAGACAUGUUCAGUUACUGGCUGACCACCACAACAUGCCUGUCUACCUGUAUGAGUUCACAUACUCCAGCAGUGAUGAUUGGAUAAGUAGGGACCAACCUUGGCUAGGUGCAUAUCACGAAAGCGAGAUGUAUUACAUCUUAGGCUACCCACAGAUGACUAUCAAGAAUGCUUAUCGAACCCCAGAAGACCAUGCUGUUAGCGACAUGCUUGUAAAGUUGUGGAGCAACUUUGCUAAACAUGGAAAUCCUACACCUAAGGAACAACUAAACCAAAACAACUUUACAUGGAAACCAUACACUAGAGAUGAACCAGUUUAUGCAGAUCUUGGAGAACAGGCUAUAUUAAGAAAAACUGAUCACCUUGGUAACAUGAACUUCUGGAUCAAUUUUGUCCCACUGUUUACCGACUAUCCAAUGAACAACGAUGAAAGAAUUCAGUGCAAUCGGACAGUUUUUGUGAUUACUUCCAGCUUUCUGGGCCUCACCUCCUUUCUUUGUAUUACUCUUAUUCUUUAUGCUUGUAUUCAAAGAAGACAUCAGCCCGGUAUUGUACUGAAAGAUCCUCCAUCAUAUUUGUAAUAGCGUAACUUAUCUUAUUCCCGAACUUGGCAAGUUACAUCUGAUUCAUUCUCAUUUACAACAUUUAAAGAUCUUGUUGAAAAAAAAAAUCCCUUAGAUCUGCUGAAAAUGUGCUCCUAGUAGUGUACAAUUAUUGUAUAAAGAAGUUUCAUGUACCCAGUAAAAUUUCAAAAAGUGCCCCCCCACCCCACCAGAAAAACUUCUAACUAUGCCACUGAACUAAAAUUUUUUUGAAAUUUCAAAUUGUUGAGGUUAACUUCUUUAAUAACUUUUCAAAGUUUUAACUGUUCUUGUGUAACUUGCAAUAUUUAAAAUGUGAUAAGGGUAUUGCAACAGACACUGCUUGUUCAGUAUAGUUUCUGUGUAGUGUUUAUCCAUUAUGAUGUCAAAAUUGUUACCUUAGCUUGCUGAAGUUACAUAUGAUCUAAUUUAUCUUUCAGUGUAUGAAGACGUCACAACAAAUCCACUAUAUACUAUAAAUAAAUAUUUCAAUUUGUCAACUUUAACUUUCAGUACACUAAAAUGUAUAUACAAUGACAGAAACGAUCUACUACCACUUCUAGUGCGUAUCCUCCUCCGAGUUAUAAUCCCUUUAUAUAAGUGUAUGUAUACUAUAUACUUUAACAAUGCAUGUAUUUCCUUUUUAAUGAAUAGAUACUUUUCCAAUAAUAAUACAUGCGUUUAAUUCACACCACUACUUAACAGCGUGUAUAAUAAUACAUGCGUUUAAUUCACACCACUACUUAACAGCGUGUAUAAUAAUACAUGCAUUUAAUUCACACCACUACUUAACAGCGUGUAUAAUAAUACAUGCGUUUAAUUCACACCACUAGUUAGCAGCGUGUAUAAUAAUACAUGCGUUUAAUUCACACCACUACUUAACAGCGUGUAUAAUAAUACAUGCGUUUAAUUCACACCACUACUUAACAGCAUGUUUUCAAAUUACUACAUCAGAGUAUUAUAUUUUAUUUAUUUAGCCUAAAGUUGAUGUUUUUAACGUGCACUUUUUGCACGUAGAGUUACACUCAGGGUCCAAAUUAUAGAAAUAAGGUGCAGAUGUGUGUGUAUAUCUUACAUGUGUUUAAACUCAUUGAUAGCCAUGAGCUUUAGGUGCGAGUUGAUAUGCAUUUUGAGGUACUCUAGAACCCUUAAAAAAAUUGAAUUCUAAAUGGUUUUUAAUAAAAUAAACAUUCCAGCAGACCUCCAGCCUUAUUUAAUAUUCCUUAAUAAAUUUGAGGAAUUAUAAUUUUAUAUUAGAUAAAUGCUAUGCUAAUGUCACAUAAGACACAGCUUUGAAUUAAAGAAAACAUUUUUAACUAUACUCUAUAUUUUGUUGUUUUCGGUGCAAUAAAGAUAUCUUUUUUUGGUA